AUGGGAGUCGGUGUCACUGCCCCUCCGCCUCUGCCCAGGUCACCGUGGAGCGCCAACGGCUUGUUGGGGACCCACAACUGGCUGCCCUACGACAAGAACAUCUCCAACUACUUCAGCUUCACCAAAGACCCCACCGUGUCCAACGCCAAGACGCAGCGGUUCCUGCAGGGCCCCUUCGCCCCCGGCGCCGAUCUCAGCUCCCGCACGCUGGCCGUGUCUCCCGAUGGGAAGCUGCUCUUCAGCGGGGGACACUGGGACAACAGCCUGAGGGUCACCUCGCUGGCCAAGGGCAAGGUGGUGGGGCACAUCACCCGCCACAUAGAUGUUGUCACCUGCCUGGCUCUCGACCUCUGCGGCAUCUACCUCAUCUCUGGAUCCCGGGACACCACCUGCAUGGUGUGGCAGGUCCUGCAGCAGGGUGGGUUUUCCAGCGGCUUGGCUCCCAAACCUGUGCAGGUCCUGUACGGCCACGACGCCGAGGUGACGUGCGUGGCCAUCAGCACCGAGCUGGACAUGGCGGUGUCGGGCUCCAAGGGCACUUCGGGGGCCUUUGGUGGUUUAUGA